AUGAAGUUACUUAACAUAUUGAUUAAUACCUUGUUGAUAGUACCAUUGGUGAAAUCAUUCGACUGCUCAGUAGAAGAGUUGAAGAAGUACAAUUUUGAAAAGAUAAAAGGUACGCAUACCAUCAAAGUGGAAAAAGAUACGCCACCAAGUAAGACAGAGAUUACCUGGAAUAUAGGUGUAUGUGAAGAUAUCAAGGAUGUGGAUGAAUGUAAGGACAGUCAAUUAUGUGGAUUGACUAAAGUGACAGUCGAUAAAACUAGCAUGAUUUCUGAAAUCAUUAAGGUCGAUAGUAAAAACUCCAUCAAAAUUUUGAAAAAUAGUGGUAAACUGAAUAAUGAGAAUGGUGUGUUAGUCAGUUAUGAAGACUUUAAAUGGGGUGAUGAAACCAUCAAGUCUGAAUUGAAAUUCAUUUGUCCUUCAAAAGGUGACGAGGAUAAAUUGGACGAAUUUGUUAUAGAUAAAUGGGAUAACAAGAAUUUAAAAUUAUCAAUGAAGACAAAAUCUGCUUGUAUUUCCAAGAAAUCUGGUCAUAAAGAUAAUAAGCAUGAAGAUACUGGUGAUAGCUGGGGUUGGUUCACAUGGAUUUUCAUCUUUUUUGUUUUAUUCUUAAGUAUUUAUAUUAUCGGUGGUGCCUGGUUUCAAUAUAAUAAAGGAAAUUCAAUUGAUUUCCAAACCGCAUUGAAAGAAGUUGUUGAAAAUUUCGUAGAAGUUGUUAAAGGUUUACCUAUCUUCAUCAAAGAAAUCGUUGAAAAGUUCACCGGUAAUUCUAAUAGAGGUGAAUAUAGCGCAGUUUAA